AGGAGGAGGAUGGCGUAACGCUCUGCUGCACAACCGCUGACCUUUGCUCUCAACCCUCCUCUUAAAAAUGAAACGGACCGGGCCAGUUGUUACUUUGUGCUCUUCGCCUCCGCUGCCAUGACAUCCUUUGAUGACAUCUUGGAGGAAGUCGGCAAGUUUGGGCGCAGCCAGAAGCGCAUCUUCGCCCUGCUGUGCGUGGUGUCCAUGCCCUGGGCCGGCGUGUACGUGGGCAUCGUGUUCCAGGGUUUCACGCCGGACCACUGGUGCCGGGACAGCGGCGUGGAGCAGUGGAGGCAAGCGUGCGGCCGGAGCUUGGCCGACAGUCGCAGGAUGAUGGCGCCGCUGCUUAACGUGUCCGGCGAGCUACAGCACAGCAGCUGCGAGCAGUACGACGUGGACUGGAACGCCACGCUCACCUGCGAUGCUCAAGAGCUGGACCUGAGCGGGACCCCCACCACACCCUGCAAGAGCGGCUGGGAAUACGACUACGAGGGGAGGCGGUCCUUUGUGACAGAGUUUGACCUGGUGUGCUCUGAUGCCUGGUUGAUGGACAUGUUCCAAGCCAUGCUAAACAUCGGCUUCCUGCUGGGCAGCAUCGCUAUUGGUUACCUGGCCGACAGAUUUGGCAGGAAGUUGAGCUUCCUGAUGUCCAACGUGUUCAACGGGAUCGCAGGGAUCCUGGUGGCCGUGGCGCCCGACUACGUGUCCAUGCUGAUCUUCAGGAUGCUCUUCGGCUUUGGCGUGAAGGGAGGCUGGAUGGCAGGAUAUGUGCUGAUCACCGAGAUCGUAGGCGUGGAGUACCGGCGCACGGUGGGUGUGGUUUACCAGAUGUUCUUCAGCGUGGGCCUCCUGGUGCUCCCCCUGCUGGCGUACUUCAUCACUGACUGGCGAUGGCUGCAGGUCGUCAUCACUGUGCCCUACUUCCUCUACGUCUUCUACUACUGGUUCAUUCCAGAGUCUCCAAGAUGGCUGCUGUCCCAGAACAGGAAGUCACAGGCUGUGGAGAUCACGGAGGCCAUGGCCAAGGAGAACCACAGGACUUUGUCCAAGAACAUCGAGACUUUAAGGGAUGACAACGCGGACCCCUCGGCCACCGCCUCCUUCAUGGACCUGAUCAGAACGCCCAACAUGAGGAAGCAUACGUUCAUCCUCAGCUACAACUGGUCAGUUCAUGCCGGUGAAAGCCGGCAGCAGCGACUCAUGACGACCAUGAAGUCCAGCUGUGUGAACGUUGCGUGCAGGUUCACCAGUGCGGUGGUCUACCAGGGUCUGAUCAUGCGGCUUGGCAUCCUGGGAGGAAACGUCUACAUCAGCUUCCUCAUCUCCGCUCUGGUGGAGUUUCCCGCCGCUUUUCUCAUCCUCUUCACCAUCGAGCGCGUCGGGCGCCGCCUCCCCUUUGCCGCCGCCAAUGUGGUGGCGGGAGCCGCCUGCCUCAUCACCGCCUUCCUUCCUGACAGUGAGGACACCCGUGUGCUCCAUUCAUUGGAGAUGUUUGGAUGUCCUUACGGUUGGUGUUGUCGCGGCAGGCGUGUCCUGGUUGAAGACGGCGGUGGCCUGCGUGGGCCGGCUGGGCAUCACCAUGACCUUCGAGAUGGUGGUCUUCGUCAACACGGAACUCUACCCCACAUUUGUCAGGUAAGCCUUGUCGUGCUACUUUGGAGAAGGUGUGCCAAUGUGUGGACUGACGUCAGGAACCUGGGCGUGUCCGUGUGCUCCACGCUGUGCGACAUCGGAGGCAUCGUGGCGCCCUUCCUACUCUACCGGCUGGCCGUCAUCUGGCUGGAGCUGCCCCUCAUCAUCUUUGGUAUUCUGGCUUUCCUGGCCGGCGCUUUGGUCUUGCUGCUUCCGGAAACACGAGGCGCCCCCCUGCCCGAGACCAUCCAUGACAUCGAGUUCCCUGACAAGGUGAAGCUGAAAGGCAUGCAGAAGAACCAGCAGUUGAACACCCUCCUCCCCGCCCCCAACGCCAACAUUUCAACCAACCAAAACCCGGCAAGUGUCUGAGCUCCUCCUCCUCUGCUCAAGUAUUUAUUCACCUUGUAUGACCUCCAAACAAAGCAUGUGAGAUGAGACAAAUAACUAAGUUGUGUUGUUGAUGAUUGCCGAAUAAAGAUGUGUUCUAAUGUGCCCAUGGACAUUCAUGAUUGAAGACCAGGCCAUCAAAUACCUCUGCUUCCUUUCAACAUCAGUGCUCAACGUUUCCAUCCCCCCACCCCCUUCCCCUUUUAAUUGGCUCUGAUGGUUCGCUCGAUCCAGUCGAUAAACUUGGACACACGAGCGUAGACGCCGGGCUUCAUGGGGUUGGCGCAGCCCAAACCCCACGACGUGACGCCCUGCAGGAUGAACUUGUUGUUGGAUUUACACACCAGAGGACCGCCGCUGUCACCCUGCAGGCAGACAAGAGCACACCAUGAAUACCUACUACUACUACUACUACUACUAAUAUAGACAUCCCUCAUUUAUCAUGGUUAAUUGGUUCCAGACCCAACUGUGAUAAGUUAGAGCGAAGAAAACCUGUUUAUGACUUUCUAAAUGUUUUUUUUACCAUUAUUAGAGCCCUGUAGACAUGAAAUAACACCCCAUUACUCAACUGUAAUGCGCAGGCUAUGGGAUCACUGCAGGGACACGAGAGACGGCCAGGGCUUUAAACAUUAGCGAGCUAACUAGUUACCCUCCAAUUCAUUUACUGCCUUUGAAACUUAAGAGUUUAAAAAUGACUGGGGAAGCAAGGGAAAAAAAGCCAAAAACUUACCACUUCCACACGGAAUGGGAGAAAUUGUUUUCACUAUCAUGUCCAUGCAGUGGGACGGCAAUCUAAUGUCAUGACUCAAUAAUUACUGAUACCUAGUAGCCGGAAUAAUACAGAUACCUUUUUCGAUAUUUUUUGACUAAUAUGCUAUUGUCAACCACGAAACUGAUAAUUUAUUAAUUGAUUUUUUUUUAUGCAAUAAAACAAGGGAGCAAUAAUCGAACUGCAAUUACUACUACUACUACUUCUUUUGCUACCAUACAACGUAUUAUCAGCAUGGACUUUUUCUCCUACAGUAGACUUUUGUAUUUUUACAAAUAGUUAAGCUGUCUUCUAGUACAUUUUUUUUGUAAUAUAUUGACUUUAUUAUUACAAUAUAACUUUUUCCAAAAAUUGCAACUUUAUUCUUUGUUUUGUUUCACAUAUUAUCACACUUUAUCCUUUAAUUUUUCAACUUUUACAAUAUGAUGACAUUAUUCUACUAACGUUUUUUUCCAUUUUUGCUGUUGUUUUUUUUUUUUUUUUAGUUGAAUCAUAUUUUUAGAAUGGGCUGAAGGCCAAUAACACAAACAGCCGCGGCCCAUGAAUGGCCCCCACACUGCACUUUGGACACACCAGCUUUAUUACUUUGUUUCCUUCAUGCUGCGUGCAUGCGAGAUGUGCUGAAUGAGCCCAGUUAACAUUUCACUGAUUUUAGUCCAGCGUUUCAUACUUUGCACUUUACUUUGUUCUCAUACGGAUGUUUGUGCCACAUCGAACUGUGCAGCUUUCCAAACGGCAUCAAUGCCAGCAUUAUUUCGCUGGAUUAUUUGUAAAUGUCUUCAGACUAACCUGUCUUACUUGUUGAUAGUAGAAGAACAUGUUAUUUUAGUGUGGUCAUGAUUUUUUUUUGUGACUAUUUUGUUUAAAAUAUGUCAGUUUUUCUAUAACUUCCAUUUGCAGUAUUUGUCUUAUUGUGCACAAAUAGUGUUUAUUUGUGGAAUCACAGUAAAAAGAAAAAAAAGCAUCAUAUGUUCAUCACACGUAUUAGUGUGAGGGAAGAGCUGCUGCCAAUAUCGGUAUCAAAGUGCUGCUACUACUACUACAACAUUAGGGGAGUUUUAUUACCUGGCAACUGUCGGUGCCUCCGGCAAUGUUUCCGGCGCACAUCUCGUGGUCUUUAACUCUGCCGUUAAGGUACGACGGACGAUUGCAGACCUUGUUCUCGAUGACGGGGAAGCCCGUCUCCUUGAGGAUGCCCUCUCCUCCCGUACCUGACACACGGACAAACAGUCAAUGCUCCCAAAUACUCAUGAUUGGCUAAAGGUAUGUCGAGCGUCUCAUCACGUGUAAAGAGAUGCUAGCUUGUGCACCUGAAGGUCUUACUUUUGAAUGUCUUUAAUGUUCAGUUGUAAAAACUUCAUUCCUAUCGCCAAAAAAUGCCAUUUGCCAACCGUGGCACAUUCUAAAAAUAUAACAACAAAAUAAAAAAUAAAAAUAAAAAAAUCAGCAGUAAACUUACAGGAAUAAAGUUGAAAUAUUAAGACCAAAAAGCUUUAAUUUUACAGUAAUGUAAUAUUAUGAGGAAAAAUAAGCUCAUUUUAGUUGCAUAAGGUUGAAACAUUAAAGAAAAAUAUCUUAUUUUUUUUUUAAGUCGUAAUACCGUGUUCCCUUACUCUAUUGCAGUUCGGCUUUUGUGGUUUCGCUGAUUUUUUGUGUGCUUUUUCUUAUUAUAGCUUAUGAACGCUGAGCCUGGCGUUUUGCAAGAAUAAAGACAAAAUAUGAGGAAAAAAGUUGCAUUAUUAUGAGAAUAAACUCAUAAUAUGAGGAAAUGUCAUGUUAGUAGCAUAGGGUUGGAAUAUUAAAGAGAGAGAUACCAACAUUCCAUUUUUGGAAAAUUAGGUGGGGAAAAAGUUAUUAUACAAUGGAAAUAAAGUCCUAAUAUUACGAAAAGAAAAUUGACAAAGAUUACUUAAGAAGAAUGUUGAAAUAUUUUGGAAAAUUGGAAAAAGAGCAAUGCUUUUUUACCUACAUCACAAAGCCGAGAUGCAGUGUUUUUUUUAAAUACAUAACUUAUCAAAGUGGCAAAUUUGCAUCCUUUCAUUUUUCCCUGACUGGAAAUACCUUUGGACACCCCCGGUGUAGUGUGUCAUGUACCUUGAGUUUUGCCCCAUCCAGUGACGUAGCACUCGGCUCCGCUGGGAACGAUGUAAUCCUUUUCUGGCAGACAAGCUGGCAGGACUUUGUCAUUGAUGACUGCCGGCCUGAAACGCACAGCAGCGCACUUUUACUCCUCAUGCUUUCACGCCGGUCUUAAAUAGCACCACCAACGCUCACCACACGUGUCCACAACUGACCUGUCCAGUUUGAGCAGUGCUAUGUCGGCCCCGCUGGGUUCCAGCACCAGUUUCUCCAACCCCCUCUCCUGUUUGGACGCCUCCUGAGCUCUCUCUGUGUGCACACCAAGGACAACCAUGUAGGCAGCGGGCCGCUUGGACCUGCAGCACGUUUAGAUCACGUUAAAGCCAGUGUGACGUGUGUGUGUUUCAUGAAUAAUGCUGCUGGAAUAACGCUAACUCACCGAUCCAGGCAGUGUGUAGCCGUCACCACCCACUGGGAGUUGAUCAGAGUUCCCCCACAGAAGUGGAUUCCUGUGCUGGAAGAGCAGACAAGUUCUUGGAAAUGUAUUUCCAUACUAGCUAGUGACGAGCUACUUGUCUUGUCACACGUGGAAUCUGCCAUUAAACAUGUUUUUUUUUUGUGUCUUUACAAUUUCUCAGGAGUAUCAGCCAAAGAGGACAUCAUGAUGACACUCACCAAAAGUAAGAAGAGCUGUUAUUCACCUACAUGACUAUCUAUGCUACAAUCUGACUUCAAACAUCAACUCAGUUUUUGUACGCCCCAGUUUUCUUAUGAUUUGGGUUUUGUCAAAAAUGUUUGCUGAAAAUUUGUCUCGGUUUUUGUACAAUAUUGCACACAACAAACUAGCCCGUUUGCACUGUACUGUACGAUUCCAGGAAAUGCAGUGUCCAAACAAAGCACCUUACAUGCUGCUGACUCACUGUCCGUGCAUUUUUUAAUUGAGUUGAGCUGCUAAAUAACCCGCCAUGGGGCCAAACAAAGUUCAGAGUGGGAGCAAUUUAAUGCAGAUGGUGAGAAACACUAUUGAAUUUAAUCUGCAUGUAAAACUACUGUAUAAUGAUUCUCUCUCUUGGUCCUAUUUGUGAAAUUUGGAAUUUAUUUUAUUCCGGAAGGAAUUAAUUGGAUUUACAUUACACUAAGUCCCCAACUAACGAACACAAUUGGUUCCAGACGACCGUUCUUAUGUCGAAUUGUCUUAAGUAGGGGAAAAGGUAAUAUUACCAAUGAUAUAGGUACUACAUGUACGUGUAUACAUAUACAGUAUAUGUGUAUGUAUGUAAAUAUGAGUUUGGAUGCAGUAGUAAUAUUAAACGAGGAUAAUUAAUGAAAAAAACAAUAAUAAAAAUGAUAUAAUAAUACGUAAUGAUAAAUGUUAUUUACCUUUGAAGAGGUGUGGUCGAGCAUACGUCGUUGUCGUGGAGGAGGAGUUAUUGAAAAAAAGGACAAAUGGUCGUCGUCGUUAGACUCUUCUAAAAGAUGUAGUGUUCUGUGGGUGGUGUAGAAUUAAGCAGGCCUAUUAACUCUUCAUAAACUUUAAUCACACGCUCUGUCUGGGUUGUAUCAUAAAACUCUUAGCCUUCCUCUCUCCUCUUCCUCGUCUUCCUGUAUCUGUUGGUCCCAUUAGCAGUGUCAUAGUGCCCUCUGCUGGUCAAGCAUGUACAGUAUAAAUAUGGACUUGUAAGGCAAAACACAUGAAAAAAUAGACCAGUCUGCUUGUGUUCGUAUCUCCAAAUGUUUGCACGUCAGAUGUUCAUUAGUAGGGGACUUAGUGUAUUUCCUUUAGGAAAAAUUCCCUUGUUUUUUUUUGUUUUUUUUGUUUUUGUCUGACUCAGCCCGCGGCUGUUUUUUUAUUGGCCUGCGACACAUUGUAAAUACAUGCAAUUUAAGAAGAAAACUAAUAAACAACAACAGCAAAAAUGGAAAAAUCUUACACAAGAAUAAAAUCUAAAUAUUAAGAAAAAAAGUUAAUAAAGUCAUAUUAUUUUUAAAAAAGGUCAUUUUAUUAGCAAAGUUUAAAUAUUUAAGACAAAAUAUAUUUUUUAGACUCGUAAUAUUACAUUACAAUAUAAACAAAAUGAAGUAUUUUUUUGGAAAAUUAGGUUGAGAAAAAAUUAUUAUAUAAUUACAGUAUAUAUAACUAUAUAAUGAGAAUAAAGUCAAAAUUACAAGAAACAAAUUGACAAGAAAAAAGUUGAAAUAUUUGGAAAAUUGUAAAAAAAAAAAAAUUCAGAAAUGGAAAAAAAAUAGCAGAAAUGUUAUGAGGAAAAUUUUAAUUUUAAAUUUUAAUUUUAGUAGCACAGUUGAAAUAUUAAAGAAAAAAAUAUUUUUAAAGAAGUGAUAUGAGAAAAAACAAAGAAUAAAGUAAUUAUUUGAUUAAAGUAUUUGAAAAUUAGGAAAACUGGGGACAAAGCUAUAAUAAUACAAGAAUAAAAUCAAAAUAUUAUCGGAAUCGAGUCAUAAUUACGAGCAGAGGAAAGUUGAAAUUGCUGGAAAUAAGAGCUGAAAUUUAUGAGACGCAAGAAGCUGAAAGAAAGAAGAAAAAGUAACUGAAUGAAAGAAAAAAAAAAAAAAGACAAUUUUCCAGAAUAAACUCGUAGUAUGAUGGGGGUACUAUUAUUAUUACUACUACACUAUACUAUUGUUAUUGUUAUGGUACUCACUUGGUGCGCAGGCUGAUCUGCCAGGGCCACGAGUGGGCUUUGGCCACGCAGCCUCCAACGAUGCGACCGAAACAGCGCUUGGGUUUGACCACGGGUGUCCCGCAAGACAGGCUCGCUGCAAAGAAGGGGCGGGGUGUCAAUGGAGGGGUGCGUUAGUCACGGAGACGCGAUGCCUUCACUUACCGCAGUCGGGGAUCUGACAAAAGUCCCAUCGCGUGUUUCUAUCCGUCGUGUAGCACCACGGUCCGUUGACGUCGUUAUCCGGGUUUCUGCAGCUCUGAUGAUGAACACAAUUCAAAACUCAACUUUCCUGACUCAGUGUGACCAAACACAUCAUGGCAGACAUUCAACACUGUUUUUUUUUCCACAUGACUAAAUGACGUGUGUGGCGCCCCCUUCAGGUUGUGGUCAAAAGGCUGUGGAAGACAAGCUAGCGGACACAGAACACGCGUUAGAAGUCAAAAUACCUAAAUUAACAGUGUACAGUACUCCCUCCUUUAUCCGGUUAAUCGAUUCCAGAGCUGACCGUGAUAAGGGAAUUUCCGCCAAGUAGGCUUUCUUAUUUAUAGAUGGAAUAUUUUGGUAGAUGGGGGUUUAGAAAACUAUGACCUUCACUUUUUAACAUUAUUAGAGCCCUCUAGACAUUAAAUAACACCCCUAUAGUCGACCUUUACACUCAUAUUACCCAAUAUAGUAGGCAUAAUAAGAGAAUAUAAGGCAUUUAAGACACAAAUAAGACAUUAUAUUGACUCAAACUCAAUAUUUUAUGUUGCAGUGCAACAGUAUAAUUCAGAGUUGCAAUAAAAGCCUGUUGUACUGUAUUCAAGUCUGCUGCUUGAAUACUAGAAUACUACAUUAUUAUCACGCCUUCUGAAUGCCUUAUAUUUGUAUUUUAGUUCAUUUAGCCAUUUUUAUGCUGUACUUCAUUUAGGCAAAAAAAAAUUAAAAUUAAAUAAAAAUGCAAAAAAAUGAAAAUAAAAUAACAAAAACCAAAUAAAUUACAACAUUGAUAAAAAUAACAAAAUAAUAAAACAAUAUAAAAUAAUAAAAAAAUUACAAUUAAUAAAUAACAAAUACACAUAAUACAUUUAAAAAUUUGUUAAAUAUGCAUAUUUUUUAAACUAAUAAUAGGUCACGUGAUUCAAAGUGAUUGAUUUGCUCUGUAGUUUCAGACACCCUGUGUCUCACCCAACAUUACAGUAGCAUUACUGACACCUAGUGACCAGUGUAGAAUACUACAUAUCAUCAUGUCUUUGAAUGCGUUUCCUGAAUGCCUUAUACAGUAUUUCUAUUUGACUUAAUUUAGCCAUUUUUAUGCUUGAAAAUGAAAAAAAUAAAAUAAUAAAACCAAAUAAAUAAUAAAAUAAAUACAAAAAAACAAAUAAAUCGAAUAAAUCCAAAUAAUAAAACAAUAAAUAAAAAUGUGAUUAAAUAUGCAUAUUUUUGGAGUAAUAAUAAUAAUAAAAGUAUUGAUUUGCUCAGUAGUUUGAGCCACUCUUCCGUGGGAAACAAACGACACUUAGAAGAUUCUGGGAUUAGGACUCACGUUGCCCUCCAGGCCCUUGUCGGGAUGUGUUUCGGGGGUGAAUCUGUUGUGUUGGUGGGGCGUCUGAGAGCUCCAAGCCUGGCACGUGACGCCCACGAUGGUGAUGGAAGUCGGCCCUCUGUAAGCCGUACCGUUCCCGACCUUGCAGUCUUAAAGACGGUGAAAAAGCUGCUAAAAGUUGGAGCUGCUUCGUAGAGAAAAGCAGAAGGAUUUACCUUUCUGGGUUGGAGACUGGGUGGGAGGUUUCUCGGGUGUGGUGGGUUCAGUGGUGGGGGCAUCUUCUUGGGGUUUACUGGAACAUUUGUCGAUGUUGCAGUACUCCCAGCGGACUAGAGGAUCAGUGGUGUAGCACCAAGGAGAUCGGUCUCCAUCAGGGUUCCUGCACAAAUUCCUCUGGAGGUCGCUGAUGGAAGAGAAGAGACAAUGAGCGACAAUCAGGAAAUGAUGUAAAGACUCUUCCGGAGGCUGUCGUCGACUGACGCUGCGGGGAAUUUGUCCGGUGUCUUGGUGUGGGUGUGUGGACUCAUGGAGGUCCAGGCCUGACAUUUCUUCCCAGUGAUGGUCUCUGAUGUCACCCCACGGUAACUUGAACCGUUGCCCUCAUAGCAGUCAUCUCCCUCUGGAGGAAUCACCGGCUCAUCUGCAGCGGAUGACAACGCCUCAGCAUCACGUCAGUAGUCCGUAUUGUUUCAUCUCACAGGGUCCAGUACCUGGUCCGGGUCCAUCCCCACACGUGGGCACACUGCAGUACUCCCAGCGGGUUUCAGAGUCGGUGGUGUAACACCAUGGCUUUCUCUCACUGUCUGGAUUACGGCAGUAGUUAGCAUCUAGACCCCUGGAAACAAGAAACAACACACAUGUAAAGCUACUUCCGGCCACUGGGGGCAGUGUGGUGCCACAUGCUGCAGAACGUUCUACAACAACGGUUUCCAAAGUGUAGCACGUGACCAGCGGUAUGCCCUAAAAAUAUAAUUGAACAAGAAAACAAAAAAAAAAUACAAUAAUGAAAAAACAUCUGUAAUUUUACAAGAAUCAAAGAAGAAUCAAAGUAUUAAGAGAAAACUGUUGAAAUCAAACGAGAAAAAGUCUUAAUUUCACAAGAAUGAAGUUCUUAUUAAGAAAAUGUCAUUUCAGUAGCAUAAAGUUUAAAUAUUAAAGAAAAAAAGUUAUUUAUUUUUUUUAAGUUGUAAUGAGGAAAAAUAAGGUUGGGAAUAAAGUUAUAGAAUUAUGGGAAUAAAGUCAUCAUUACAAGAAGAAAAUUUACAAGAGGAAAGUUUAAAUACAGUAGCACCUCGCAUAACGUAAACCUCCUUUUACGUAAAUUCCACUGAACGUAAAGAAUUUAUGUAAAUUUUUCGCAUCGUAUUACGUAAGGAAUUCCAUAUAACGUAAACCGUCAAGUCCGUGAAAGCGACAGAGAGACUAACAGUACACUUGGUGACGCCUUCUGGCUUCAUGCUCUCAUUAGCUGAUUAUCGGGGCACCGCCUACGCUCUCAUCUCAUUGGCUGAUUAUCGGGGCGCCGCCUACGCUCUUAUCUCAUUGGCUGACUUAUCCAGCGCAUCCAAGUUUGUAUGUGAGCUCCCUUCCUCAUCGUAGUCGCCCUUAAACUAGUUUGCAUGCGUUGAAAUCUCUUCUUAAUUUCAUUACUUUUCUUUGUGUUAAAAUUACCGUGGUCAUGGGCCCUAAACCAAGUGUAAGGGAUAAGAAAAAAGGGAAAAGUUGUCGAUCGAAAGGAAGCAGGAAGUUAUCCACAAAUUCUGACGCUUCAUGCUCUCAUUGGCUGAUUAUCGGGGCACCACCUAUGCUCUUCUCUCAUUGGCUGAUGAUCGGGGCACCGCCUACGCUCUUAUCUCAUUGGCUGACUUAUCCAGCGCGUCCACGUUUGUAUGUGAGCUCCCUUCCUCAUCUUAGUCGCCCUUAAACUACACUGCUCAAAAAAAUUAGAGGAACACUUCGAAAACACAUCAGAUCUAAACUAAACUUCACCUGACCUAAACAAAUAGAACACCUCUGGGACAUUAUGUUUAGGUCCAUCCGGCGCCGCCAGGUUGCUCCUCAGACUGUCCAGGAGCUCAUUGAUGCCCUGGUCCUGAUCUGGGAGGAGAUCCCCCAGGACACCAUCCGUAGUCUCAUUAGGAGCAUGCCCCGACGUUGUCAGGCAUGCGUACAAGCACGUGGGGGUUAACAAACUACUGAGAAUCAUUUUGAGUUGCUACAAUGACAUUUUAGCAAAAUGGACCAGUCUGCUGCAUAAUUUUUUCACUUUCAUUUUUGGGGUGUCUUUGAUUUCCCCCCUCUAUAGGGUGAUCAUUUUCGUUUCUAUCAAAUUAUGUGGCAUCAUUUUGUUACUAAUACAUCACCCACUUAUUAUCAGGAAAGAUAUUCAAGAUCAUUUUUCCCCCAGUUUAGAUCUGAUGUGUUUUCGAAGUGUUCCUCUAAUUUUUUUGAGCAGUGUAGUUUGCACGCAUUGAAAUCUCUUCUUAAUUUCGUUACUUUUCUUUGUGUUAAAAUUACCGUAAUCAUGGGCUCUAAACCAAGUGUAAGUGGUAAGAAAUAUGCAGAAAUUCUGACACUUCAUGCUCUCAUUGGCUGAUUAUCGGAGCACUGCCUACGCUCUCAUCUCAUUGGCUGACUAAUCCAGCGCGUCGGUGUGUUUAUGAGAGACAUGCUGCUCUGUUCGUCAUCGUAGUCGCCCUUAAACUAGUUUGCACGCAUUGAAAUCUCUUUUUAAUUUGUUUACUUUUCUUUGUGUUCAAAUUACCGUAGUCAUGGGCCCUAAACCAAGUGUAAGUGAUAAGAAAAAAAGGGAAAAGUUGUCGAUCGAAACAAAGCAGGAAAUGAUCCAGAAGCAUGACGGUGGUAUGAAAUUAAGUGAUGUUGCUAGACUAUACGGCCGUUCCCCAUUGACCGUUAUACCUUAUUUACCUUAUUUUAUAUUGGAAUGUUACUCUACUAUGUUUAUGCUGUUUUGUUAUAUUUUCCCACCAUAUUUGGUGGACUUUGAAUAUUUUGAAGGCCCAAAGGUGUGAGUUUGGGAAGAUCUUGGAACGGAUUAGGCUAUUUACAUGUAUUUUACGCUUCGUAUAACAUAAAAUCCAUAUAACAAAAGGUUCUUGGAAUGGAUUAUUUACGUUGUAGGGGCGUCUACUGUAGUUGGGGAAAAAAACAUAUUAAGAGAAAAAAAAUUGUAUUCUAACAAGAAAAAAGUAGCAAUUUUACGAGAAUAAACUCGUAAUAUUAUGAGAAAAAAUAAUAUGAAAUAUUAAAGAAAAAAACGUUAUAUACAAUAUAUAUGUAUUUUUAAGUGGUAUUUUGAGAAAUAAACAAAAGAAAAAAAUAAAGCUGUAAUUUUUGGGAAAAAAUUACAAUUUUACAGGAAGAAAGUCAAAAUAUUAUGGGUAUGUAGUCAUAAUUACGAGAAAAAAAUUACAAAAGGAAAGUUUAAAUAGUUGGGAAAAAAAGCAGCAGAAAUGAAAAAAAUGCUGUAAUUUUAAGAGAAUAAAAACAAAAAAAUGUGUGUUCAAACAAGAAAAACAGUCUCAAUUUUACAAGAAUAAACUCGUAAUAUUAUGAGGAGAGAUAUACUGUAGUCAUGUUGGUAGCAUAGAGUUGAGAUAUUAAAGAAAUAAGAUGUUACUUAACAAAUGAAACAAUGAAUCAACUUGUACUUUUUAGAAAAUUAGGUUAGGGAAAAAGUUACAAAAUUACGAGAAUAAAGUCAUAAUUAUGAGCAAAAACAACAGCAAAAACAACAGCAAAACAACGCAAAUUAAGUCAAAAUAUUAACAGAAAAAAGUAAUAAAAUUUGAAAAAAGCCACAAUUUUACAAGAAAAAUUUUUUUUUAUAUAUAUAUAUACAGACCCUUUCCAAAAAAUUAGAAUGUCAUGGAAAAGUUGUUUAAUUUCCAUAAUUCCAUUCAAAAAGUUAAACUUUCAUAGAUUAUAGAUUCAGGGCUCACAAUUUAAACGAUUUCAAGUAUUUAUUUGUUUAUUUUUACAUAAUUUGGGCUUCCAGCUCAUUAAACCCACGAAAACAGGAAUUCAAAAAAUUUGAAUACUGUGAAGAAAUCAGCCCAAAUUUUGCAGGGCAUGAAUGUUUAAAACUGAGUGUCACACACUAAUCAUCUACUAAAGUCAAAUCACCUGCACAGGCUUCCCCUUGUGUCAUUAAAUUGCUUCAGUUUGGUUCAAUUGUCUCAUUUCGGUUCAAUAUGGGGAAGACUGCAGACAUGACAACUGGCCAGAAGACCAUCAUUGAUACCCUCCAUAGGAUGGGUAAGCCACAAAAGUUCAUAGCUAAAGAGGCUGGUUGUUCACUGAGUGCUGUGUCCAGCAUAUCAAUGGAAAGUCUAGAGGAAGGGCAAAAUGUGGCAUGAGAAGAUGCACCAGCAAAAGAGAUGACCGUGGACUUCAGCGGAUUAUCAAACAGGGAAGAUUCAAGAAUCUGGCAGAGAUCCAGGAAGAGUGGAAUGAGGCGGGAGUCACAGCUUCAAAAACCACCACAUUCAGACGCAUCCGGGAGAUGGGCUACAACUGUCGGGUUCCUCGGGUCAAGCCACUUCUGAACCUGAGCCAACGUAGGAAGCGUCUCCACUGGGCCAAGGAGAAGGAGGACUGGACUGUUGGCCAGUGGUCCAAGGUCCUCUUUUCCGAUGAAAGUAAAGUGUGCCUUUCAUUUGGGAAUCAAGGCCCAAGGGUUUGGAAGAAGAUGGGUAAGGAACAGAACCCAAGCUGCCUGAGGUCCAGUGUGAAAUAUCCACAGUCCGUCAUGACUUGGGGUGCAAUGCCCGGUGCAGGUGUUGGUAAACUCUGCUUUCUUAAAUCCAAGGUCACCGCAACAGUCUACCAGAAUGUUUUAGAGAACUUCAUGAUUCCUUCUGCUGAGGAUCUGUAUGGAGAUGCAGAUUUCAACUUCCAGCAGGACCUGGCCCCUGCCCAAACCCCAUUGAGAAUCUAUGGGGUAUUCUCAAGAGGAAAAUGAGGGGCACCAGACCCAACAACAAAGAAGAGCUGACAGCAAGCAUCAAGGAAAUCUGGGCUUCCAUAACUCCCAGGCAAUGCCACAGGCUGAUUGCUUCAAUGCCACGUCGCAUCGAGGCAGUGAUUAAGGCAAAGGGAUUCCCAACCAAGUAUUGAAGAUUGACAUAUCGUUUUGAAAUUACCAUAUUUUGAUUGAUUUGAUGUGAUCCUAAUUUCUUUCUUUUUUUUUCCUGCAAAAACUGAGAAGUAUUCUAAUUCUUUGAAUUCCUGUUUUCGUGGGGUUUAUGAGCUGGAAGCCCAAAUUACGUAAAAAUAAACAAAUAAACACUUGAAAUCGUUUAAAUUAUGGGCCCUGAAUCUAUAAUCUAUCAGGGACCGAAAUUAACCUGACGCAAGACGCUAAAUGCGUGCAAAAACUGUCAAAAUCAAAAACUGUCAAAAUUAUUUUGCGUUUCAUCGGGUCAGUUUGGUCACGGGAAUAAGGGCGCAAUAUAAUUUGCGAAAACCAAAUUGCGCUGGGAAGCACGGUAUUACGGUAUUACGGCCAUGGUGCGUAUGAAAGUAGAUCUCCGAUUGGUCGUGAGACAUAUUCCCAUCCAAUCACAAUCUGUGUUGCAGCAGAUCGUCAUUUGCUGCUGCUGUUUUAGCUGGCGAUCUGCAGACUGAACACGAUGAUUAUUAAGUAUUUUGCCAAGGCGGACUCAUGUCACUCGGAGCGGCACAACAAUAACAACCCUCCGAAAAAACAAAAAAACAACGGCCGAUGACUUGGAUAAGCCCGCGGUUUCUCAGUUGGCCUCAACCUCAGCAAGCCCCUCCACAGGCUUGACAGUUCCUGGACGCCGACGGUGAGUGAUAGACGACAGCUGCCACCGAGACCUGGUGCAUCUCAUGGCGCCAUAACCAGCUCGUUAAAAACAGUUCGGAAGUGGAAGAAAGAAUUGAACACGGACAUUGGUUAUAAAGUCAAGGACGACGAUUGUGUUUACGAAAUUUGGUGUGAGGUGUGCAAGGAACAUGGUACUGGUUCAGAUCGUGGGUCGGCGCUUGUGACUGGUAGCAACAGGGUGAAAAAGGAGGCAAUACAGCAACACAUUAAAUCAACACUCCACCAACGGUCGUUAGCAACCAGGCACACCAAAUAUUUGGAAGCAAACAAGAAACCAACUCCAAUUGAAGACGGCUUUAAAAGGGCUGAUGAAAAAACAUUGGAAAAAAUGGACAAAUUAUUCUUGACAGCAUAUUACACGAAUACAACAUACCAUGAUUGAUUACCAGGGGAUUCGAUCACAGGCAAUAGGUGUACAGUAUACAUCAAUGAUAAUGACGUGCAUGAUUUUUUUUGCCUGAAAAUUGCUUCUUAGAUGAUCAAUUUGCUUGUAAAGUUAAAAUCUACAAGCAACAAAUUGCUUCCACUGGAUUUAGGCAAUUUCUACCCCUGUCUAUGAAAGUUCAACUUUUUGAAUGGAAUUAUGGAAAUUAAACAACUUUUGCAUGACAUUCUAAUUUUUUGGAAAGGGUAUAUAUAUAUAAUAAUCACUCUGUGGGCCUCGCUGGAAGUAGUUUGGCCACCUCCAGUUUGGUCUACAGUGCAGCUUCACUGUUGAACGGCUUACCUGCAGGGGUAGUUGUCAGGCGUGCGGUUGUGUUUGUGCGGCGUCUGAGUUGACCAACUCUGACACGUUUUGCCGGAUUCGGUGACGGCGAUGGUGCCUCGGUAGGCGCUGCCCUCGCCCGUGGUGCAGGUCAUCUCCGGGACAACGGUGGGGGGUUCUGACGCUGAGGAGGACAGACGGAGCCUUGCCGUAUUUGCUGCAUGAGCACAGAUGCUCGUC